AUGGCGGCGCCUGGCUCGCGGGGCCUGGCGGAGCUCGCGUUGCUGACGGCGGAGACCCCCCCGGGGAAGAGGAUCUAUGGCGAAGUGAAGCCGUACAAGUCGGAGGGGACCAAGGACUGCAGCGCGUGGGUCGGGGCGAGCUGCCACAUUGGCAAGACGGUAGUGUGGAAGAAAGAUGGCGGCAUGGUGUUGCUUCAGGCCGAUAUCAUCGGCAGGAAGCUGAAAGAGGAGGUGAUAAUCGAGUCCAAGAGCGUACCGAGCAACGUGAAGCCAGGGUACACAGGGCCGACGCCGCGCCCGGCCGAGCUCGGCGAGAAGAUCGUGAAGGCGGAAAUCGGCGGCAAGCAGCUCGCGAUCGUGGACAACAAACACCAGCUGUGGAUUCGGAGCCUCAGCUACGAUGAGGAGUACAAGUACACACACCUCCUGGACCUCACGCCGCCGGAGCCACCCGCGGGCGCCCUGCCGCCGCCGCCGCCGCCGAUCGACUUCUCGGCCGGCUACUGGAUGACGGCUGCCAUCGGCCCAGACGGCAAAAUGCACAUUUGGACCACCGAGGACGCGCCGAACCACCUCAAGAAGGCCCUGCUGUCCGUCGGCGCUGGUGCGCCCGACUGGGAGACGCUCGACGAAGACUACAUGCGGUGCGUCGUCGACCCCCCGGGCGGCAAGCAGUUUCUCAGCGUCUCAGCCGGCGACCACCACCUCGUGUACGCGCUGCGCGGCAUCAACUGCCCCGACGAGAUCUGGACCGUCGGACAGCGCGUCAAGGAGCGCUUCAGCCGUGCGUACGGCUUCACCACCGUCUACAGCGAGUCGCCCACCCGCAUCCUGCUGCCGCGCGCCACGGCCGUCACCUGCGUCGAGGCGGGCGACAAGGACCGCUCGCUCGCGAUCACUGACGUCGGGGCGUUCACGUGGGGGCCUGACGUCAUCCCGGGCACGGAUCACUGGAGUGAAAGCGGGUGGUCGAAGCAGUACCGUCCGACGCCGCGGCCCGCGGACGGCGCGCCCACGGGGGCCGCGGGGGCGCCGGACGGGCUUUUGGGGGGCGUGCUGGCCCCGCACACGAACACCGUGGUGUUGUGGGACCGCGCGGGGGGGGUCUGGGUGUACGAGGCGACGAAGUGCGACAAGGGCCGGGCCGAGGCGUUCCUGCAGCCCCUGAGGCACUUCCAGGGGCCGCAGCUGUCGGUCAGGAUGGCUUUCCAGACCGGGCCGCGCGACCUGUUCCUGCUGGUCGAGAAGGCAGCGGAAGGCGACGUCAGGAUGGUCAACGCCACGCCCGUGCAGUGA